CCACAGUUUGAAGAAAGAACACAGAGCGAACGAUUUUGGUGUCUUUAAAAAAGAACAAGGCAUUGCGUUUAUUCGAACAAAUAUGAGUUGUUUUUUAAUGAGGACAUGGAAAUUGAGAGUGAAAAUCGAAGACCUUUACGAGGUGCCUUUUCAGAUACAGAAGACUAUUUGGAUCAUGGACUUGUCUCCUCUAAAAGAUGCGCAAGUCGGACAUCAUCAAUUGGUUCUUGGUCCGAGUUCAUAAAGCCUUCCUUCACACAGAAGUUAAAGUUUCGAUCAGUUUUAGAAGGAGAGCCUGCAGUUUUUCGGUGUAAACUGGUUGCCUGUCCAUUGCCAAAAGUUUCUUGGUUUCACAACAAUAAACAUAUUGGUAGAGAUAAGCGCAGGGUAAUUAAGACUGAAAGUGAUAUGCACAUUCAUAAAUGUAGUCUGUUAAUUAAAAGUGUAGAGGAUCAAGAUUCUGGAAGUUAUCGUAUAUUUGCAGUAAACAGUGAAGGCUCAGCUGAGAGCACAGCUUCAAUGCUUGUGGCUCUGAGAGAAGAGCAGAAUCCAAAAUAUUUAGAUUUUGUCAGGUAUUCUGAGAAAACUCAUGAAAGUAUUGAUUCACUAGUUCAGAAAAAAAGAGAAAGCAAAUUAAAAGUUGAUCUGAAGUGUGUUGGGUCUCCCUUUGAUAAACGGAGGGAAACACAAAUAUUGCGAAGCCAGUACCCUAGGAAAGGGAUUGUAAAAACUAUAAGCUUUGAAAAAAUAUUUUCCGGAGACAAACGUCUUGAUACAAAAAUUUCUGAAAGCGAUAAGUUGUUAGACAAAGAAAUUCAGGCCAAGUUGCAAAAGUUGCGUGAAAUUAAAAGAGCAAGAGGAAGCAGGAGUUCCAUGUGCUCCUCUGAUGUGUGUUCUGAUAUAGACCUGGAGUCUUUUCAAAGUGACACAAGUUCUGUAAGUUUUCACAUUGAAAAAGAAAAAUACAAAUUCAGCUCAUUUUUGGAUGUACCAGAUGACACUAGCUAUGGAAGAAAAGUCGCUGACCUAAACACAUUUUAUGAAACUUUGGAGCAGUUAAAAGAACCUGAAAUUAGCAGUGUCAUGCAAGAAAUGUCUAAACCUGGCAUAGACACAUUUUGUGAAGCAAUGGAGCAAAUACAGGAACCUAAAAUAAGCAGUAUCCUGCAACAAAGGCCUGAACCUGAUCUAGACAGGGUUUCUGAAACAAUGACGCAAACACAAGAACCUAAAAUUAGUUGUGUUCUGCCACAAAUACCUAAACCUAGUUUAGACCUGUUUUCUGAAACUGUAGAGCAAAUGAAAGAACCUAAAAUUAUCAGUAUCCUGAAAAAAAUGCCUAAUCCUGGCCUAGACACAUUUUCUGACCCAAUGGAGGAAAUACAGGAACUUAAAAUUAGCAGUAUCCUGCAACAAAGGCCUGAACCUGACCUAGACAGUGUUUCUGAAACAAUGGAGCAAUUACAAGAACCUAAAAUUACCAAUGUUCUGCCACAAAUGCCUAAACCUGUCCUAGACAUGUUUUCGGUAACAAUAGAGCAAGCACAAGACACUAAAAUUAGCAGUGCCCUGCAGCAAAGGCCUAAACCUGACUUAGACAGGGUUUCUGAAACAAUCGAGCAAGCACGAGAACCUACAUUUAGCAGUGUUCUGCUACAAAUGUCUAAACCUGUCCUAGACACAUUUUCGGAAACAAUAGAACAAGUACAAGAACCUAAAAUUAGCAGUGUCCUGCAGCAAAUGCCCAAAGUUGGCUUAGAUAGAUUUCCUGAAACUGUAGAACAAAUACAAGAAUCUAAACUCAGUAGAGUCCUACAGCAAAUGCCCAAGCCUGGCUCUCUGGAUUCAUCUACACAGAGAAUAGCGCAUAAAAAAGAAACUAAAGUGGAUACCUCUGAGAGAGUUAGUGACUUCAGAAAAGGUGCCUUUCACGAAAUAUUUAUUGAGAGGAAUGAACAACAGAAGAAGGAACACGAAGAGUUAUCAAAAUUCUUACAACUGACCACAUGCUCUCCAAAAUCAUUAGUUAACAUUAACAAUGAGGCAACAGAAAAGAACAGAGAUUUAGAAUUACCAGAGUCUGUUCAAAUUAACAAACCCAUUACAUCUAAAGUACUUCAAGAUCGUUCUGAAAUAAGUUAUGUGCGUAGAACAGCCCAAAAAUUUAGCCAAAAUGAAAUUAAAUUGCGUCAUCCACAGAGAGUCAUUGAGACCUAUUUUAAUGAAAUACUUAUAAAUGAAACUGACACUGACAAUCAAAAGCUGCCUUUGGACAUACAAGAAGAAUUAAAAUUUCCAGCAAAGACACAAACUUUUUCAAAUCAGCUAUUUGCUGAAUCAGUCCAAAAAGAAGGAAAAAGGCAUACCAUAGAAUUACCAGAAGAACCAAUGAAAAUUAAUAAACCUGUGAAGUCUAGAAUACGACAAGGACCACUUGAAGCUAGUACAUUAUAUUCAAGUUAUGACAAUGUCGUGGAAGAAGAACAUAUUCUGCAAAAAUCUAAUAGAUUGACUGGAUUUGGUAAAAGCUUUUUUAGUGAGCCAUUCUCAAGUAAUGAUGGAGCCAAGGAAUGUUCUAUAGGAUGUGAUCAAACACAAUCCAGCAUUGCAGAAUAUAGUUCUGUUAAAUCAUUGUCUAAUAGUGCUGAAAAACCAAGUGAAAAAAUUCAGUUGGAAUUGCAAGAAUCAAUACAUCCCAUAACAUCGGAAAGAAUUCAAGAACAUUAUCAGCAAAAGUUUGAUACAUAUGAAACAGCACAAAAUAAGAAGCAAGAAAGGACUUUUAAUGAAGAAGUAAGGAAUAAGAAGCAGUCACUAUUAGAUGAUAUUGAAGACGAACCAAUACUUACAUCAAAAACUUUUAUAAAACCAGUAGUUAAGACUGAUAACCAAAAACAAAUUGAAAAGAGUAAAUUAGAAUCAUCAGAAUCUAUUUUAUUGAAUAAACCUGUUAAAUCUAGAUUUUUACAGGGACCUUUUGAAACUAAAUCAGUGCCUUCAACCACACAGAAAAUUAAACUAGAGUGUAUAAAAAUGGAUGAAGAAAACAGAGAAAGUUUGCCAUUGGAUAUUGAAGGGAAUGCAUUAAUUGCAGAAACGGAUGCUACACCACUAGCUAAGAGUGUUCAAAGAGAUGAGAAAGAUUUAGGUUUCAAAGAACCAGUUCAAAUCUAUGAACCAAUUACAGCUAAAAUAAUACCAGAGUCAGUUCAUAUAGACAAGGCUGUUACAUCUCAAGUGCUACAAAACCGCUCAGAAGCAAGUUUAGUGCACUUAACUGCACAUCAGCAAAAGAAAGAAGAAAAACUAGAAUCUAAUGAUGUUUUUGGAUCCCAUAGAAAAGAUGAAGACCAGAAAGAGUAUUUACCUUUGGGUUUUCCCAAGAAACAUACAUAUAAAGAAUUUAAUACAUCUACAUCAUCAAUAAGCAAAGUAGAUGGCCAAGAAAGAAAAGUUGAUGUGGAAUUAGAAUCUAUUGAGAGUGACAUAUCUUGUAGAAUAUUGCAGGAACUGCUACGAUCAGAUGUAAUUCAAUCAUGCACACGCAAAAUGGAACAGGGAGAAAAAGAUCAGCAGAAAUUUGAAGUCAAUAUAGACAAACAACCUUCUAAUGAAAUAUUUAGAGACAAAAAUGAAGAGGAAGAGGGCAAUUUUCUUUCAAACACUAAGAAGGGUUUACAACUUACAGAAGGGGACACUCCUGUUGUUAAACAGUUGAUUGAUUAUUAUGAGUCAGAAUUGCCAAAUUCUAGUAACUUGAAUCAACCAGUAACAUCGAAAAUUCGACAAAAAUCUGGUGCAUCUCCAAUUAUGCAGAACCAACAGGAAAUAAUGAAACUGAAUCCAUCCGACAAAGUCCGCAAAGAAGAAUUUAUUCCUCAGAUAUCCAAGGAGGGGGAAACUAAGAGGGAGCACUAUGUUCCUCUGGCCAGUAAUGAGAAAAUAAUAUCAGUAGCUUCAUCUGAUUUCACUGUCAAACCAUUAAUUACUGAUUCUAAUCUCUCAGCGGAAAAUGAAUAUAGUGAUUUAGAGUUCCCAGAAUCAGUUGGAAUUAUUGAUCCAAUUAUGUCUAAAAUUAAACGAGAUUCAGUAACUACUGACUUAGAAAUUUUGUCUGGCAGUAAAAAGCAAGAAGAGACAAUGACAACAGAGAAAUAUGAAAAAAACAAUGAAGUAACCGAUGAAGUCAAUACAUUUAUUAAAAUAUAUUCUGGAAUGGAAGAAGACAAGACAGAUCAUGUUACUUAUGCCCCCAUAGAAAAAGAGGAUGUGGAGUUAGAAUUGGCAGCUUUGAAAGAAACUGAGAUUACAACCCUUCAUAAAAUGGAACCUGAGAUCAGAAAGGAGAUCUAUAAUGGUUCUGAAAAGUCUGUUCCUGUGAAAUUAUUUCCAUGCCCACCUAUGUUUACUCAUGAUAUUGAGUAUCAAGAAGCCUCUGAAGGUGACUCAUGCACAUUUACAUGUCAUUUCCAUGGUUAUCCUCAGCCAACAGUUUCUUGGUACAAUAAUGACAAAUCAAUACCCCGUAAUGAAGACUUUGUCAUACUCACCACAGAAACCGAAUCUACUUUGACUUUCUCUUCUGUUCUUCCUCAACAUGAUGGUUCCAUAACAUGUGUAAUAUUUAACCAGUAUGGAACUGACACAACACUUGGAAAACUUAAGAUUAAAAGCAGAGAAGAUGAAGAUAAGGAUAAAGCUAAAAUGACAAUAAAAUGUGAGGUGCUCAUUUCAAAACAUUUUACUGAAGGUGAAGAUGAGGAGCUAGUGUCACUUUUUGCUGAUGCGGAGGAUAAACAUGUUCUAGAUAGUAUUGAUAGAUUCAGCCUUCAGCCUCCACUGUUUACCCAUGAUAUACCUUGCAAAUCAGAUGCAUCCUUAUCACUGCCUGUGGAAAUUAAAGUUACUGCUCCUACUCCUGUUCCUGAGAUUGACAAUGAAUUACAAGAAUAUUUCCAGACAGUUGAAAUUCAACAGGAAACACAAUCUACUAAUAAUGGUCAAAAAAUUAAGCACAAGUUUACAUUUGGCUUUGAUGUCUCUAGAAAGGCACAUGAAACAGUGCAAGAAAAUGAAAAAGAAGUAGAUGACAAAGAGGAGGUCUGUCCAGUUUUGGAAUGUUUAAUAUCAGGGGAAUCUGAGCCACAGGUUACGUGGUAUGGUAGCAGCAAGGAAAAAGAAAAAAUCAUGGAUCAAAAGGCAGAUGACAAAGGUGUGUCAUAUAUUAAUCAUGAUGUCUCAGACAGCAGGACACAUGAUUUUGUUUACAAAGGUAACACUGAAACAGAUGAAAGUAUAUCACAGUUAAUAGAAUGUGAUACACCUGAGAGAAAUAAGCUUGCAGAGCAGGAAAUUACUGCCAAUGAAAACACUAACCAGCAAAGUAUAGAAUAUAAAAGAAAAGAAAAGGAUAAACUUCACGCUCAGCAGGAAUUUUCUACCUAUGACAGUGCAGAUAUUGCAAAUGUUGAUGACAGUUGUGUAAUUGCUAAUAUUGAUGACCAUGCAGAGAAGGACGAGGACAUAAAUAGUUGUAUCCAAGAUAUUAUGAAAAAAGAGCUUAAAGAAGACACAACUGUACUAUCAAAUAAGGCAAUACACUCAAACAUGUCAGUUUUUGUGGAAAAUGCCAAUGAAAAACUGGGUCAGGAACCAGUAAGUGAAGUUUUACAGAUUAAAGGCAAUGAUGCAGUUGAAAUUAGGCUUGAUGCUGUAAAAGAGAACAUCAUAGAACAAUGCCUCAGUUUCAUAACUAAAGAUAGUGACAUUGCUGGAACGAAAAGAGAAUUGCCAGCAGUACCAAAAAGAAGACAUUCUUUGGUUAGACGUAAAUCUUCUAUUAGUUCUGAGAACAAUCUAAUGGAAAGUAAAACUGUUGAGCAGAGCAGUAAUUCAUCCAUAGAGAGUGGAGAAAAGAAAGAUACGAAGAAAGCCUUGCCAGUUGUCCCAAAGAGAAGGCACUCUUUUGUAAAGCACAAACCAGUAACAGACGCUGACAGUAAAACAACGACACAAGCGAAUACUUCCAUUGAAACCACCACCAGUGACCAGGCAGUAAAUGUUGCUGUAAAGAAUGAUUUACCUAUAGCCCCACAAAGACGACGCUCUGUGGUUAAAACUCCAGUUGCUGCAGAUACAGGACCACAGUCAUUACCGGUAAAAGUCGUUGAUCCAAUGAAGGCGAAUUAUGAGAUAAAGAAAGAGAAUUGUGAAGUGUUUGAUAAUGUAAAAACACAACCUACAGAAGAAAACAGUUUCAGAUUAAAUUUGGAUGAACUAGUUAAAAAAGACGAAAUUCAAAAUCUGAAUGAAAUUGACGAUAUUUCCUAUCUCGGCAUUUUUGAAGGUGAAGAUUUGUUAGCUAAUGAUUAUCUCAUGUCAGUUAGCAAUGACGACUCUGAUUUGGAAUCACAUGGGCAAGAAAAUAAAUUAGAAGCUGCUGAAGAAAACUGGUUCCAAAAGGAAAAUGUUAGUAUUUCUGGUAAUGGCCAUUUAGAGCACCCUAGUGAUACAAAGCUAUCAGAUAGAAAAUGUGUUUUGCCACAAUCCCCUAUUCGUGCAGAACAUGAAUCUCUACAACCAGAGGAAGCAAAUAGCAGGAAAGAUAUUUGGGAGGAACAUGUAACAUCACUGGAAGUUGAGGAUGUAACCUUUGAUACGGUUUAUGAAUUUUAUAAGAAUCAGUCUGCUCGCCCCUUUUCUCCAGAAUCUGAGAUGUCAAUUGAAGCUGGUAGUGUCUUUAGUGAUGAAGCGGUAGAAAUUGAUCAAUUUUUCACUCCACCGUCUUCCACUGAACCAUUUCAUUCUCCAUUAAGUGAAUCAUUUCUUACUCCAGCAACUUCUCCAGACCACUACUUUACACCAGUUCAACAAAUAGUGAACCCUGUUGGAACAGAAAGUCAGAUACCUUUGGAUUCUGCAGCUCCUGUACAUGAACACACUGCUGUUCCAAAAGUUAAAAAUGGGCUACAGGAUUCAGAAAAAUGUGAAGGAGACCAAACCGAAGAUGUUGAAAUGCCUCCUGCAUUCAUUAAAGCACUUCUUAAAAAACGUGUUUUUGAAAAUAGUACAUUAAGCUUUACUGUGGAAGUUGUGGGUAUUCCCAUCCCAGUAGUGAAGUGGUAUAGAAAUUCAUUACUACUUGAAAAAGAACAGAGAGUUAAAAUAGAAGAAGAAGGUAAUGUGCAUACACUGGAAAUUGUUAAUAUUCAAAUAAGCGAGAGUGGGAACUAUAGUUGUAUUGCUGUGAAUGCCUUGGGGGAAGCUAAAAUUUUUGCCCAGGUGGAUGUUUUACCUCAUGAUGGUGAGUCUUUUGCUUUACCACCCCCUGUAACCCAUCAGCAUGUUAUGGAGUUUGAUAUGGAGCAAUAUACAACAUCAAGGUCACCUUCUCCUCAAGAAAUACUAUUGGAAGUUGAACUGGAUGAAAGUGAAGUUAGAGACUUUGAGAAGCAAGUCAAAAUACUUACUAUUCCAGAAUUUUGCCCAGAUAGUAAAAGCAUGGUCAUUUCCCUUGAUGUUCUUCCACUAGCUUAUGAUGGCCAGAAUGUAGCCAGUGACACAAGAGAGAGUGACAAUGUAAGGAUAAACUUUGAAGUAACUGAAAAACCACCACGUUUUAUUCAGACGGUCUCAGACCUAAAUUUAGAAGAAGGAUCAGAUGCAGAAUUUAAGUGUUCAGUUAUUGGCAAUCCAACACCAAUUGUAAAAUGGUUCAAAGAAAAUGAGUGUAUUGUGCCAGAUGACACGAGAUAUGUUAUAAGGGUGGAAGGAGAAAAACAAAGUCUUUUGGUAAAUGGAGUCAAAACGUCUGAUGCAAGGACUUACAUGUGCAAAGCAGAGAAUAGUUUUGGUGAGGUGUCAUGCAAGGCUAUGUUAGGCGUGAUUGGGGCAGAUGUGGACUUUUUAAAAGAAGAAUUGAAGGGCUCAGAUAUAAUUCCCCUUGAAGGUGAAGAUGGCAUGGCUCAGAAAUUUGACCUGGUUAUGGAUCAGAAAGUUUCAAGUGAAAAUCAAGAAGAAAUACAAGUUGAAUUUGAAUUUGAAGGGGAUCCUAAUGAUGUGAAUAAAGCCCUUGAGUUGGUAGCUGUUGCUGGAGGUGAAUGUGAAGAAGGUGGUGAAAAAUGCUUAAAUAUACAUUUUGAUGUUUUUGAUAAUCCUUCUCUAGAGAAAGACAUACAAUUUAAAGGCCAGGACUCCGAGAGUUGCUGUUUUGAGUUUCAAGUCACUGCAUCACCACCCAAAUUCCUACAACCAAUUUUGGAUUCAACAGCUCCAAUUGGAACAAACACAUGUUUCCAAUGCAUAGUGCUUGGUUCACCCCAGCCAGAUGUGUCUUGGUAUAAGGAUGAUAAAUUGGUUCAGGGUGAGAGGUAUUUACUUGAAGAAGAACAAAAUGGUAAUCAUAAGCUAAUAGUAGAAAAUGUUGUUUCAGAGGAUGAAGGCCAAUAUAAAUGUGUAGCUACAAAUAAGGAAGGAUCUGCAGAAACAGUUGCUUCGCUUGUAAUAACAUAAGAAAUAAUAUCUAUAUAAAAAUGACUGCUACUUUGAAAGCUAAUAAUUUUGCACUCUAUAAAACUUGAUGACACACAGUGUCGACAAAGCAAUCACUGCCAUUUUCUGCCACAUCUCUUUACUGUUUGUUUCCAAUAAAUAAAAAGAGCAAGAUUCAAUGAUGAAA